AUGAAUCAAAUUUCAAAUGAAUUAUCUUCUACAUCAUUAUCACCUUUACCAAAUGAAUAUAAUUCAUCUUUAUUAACACAAAUUAAACGUCAAUUUAGACAAUUUUGUGAAACAACUUCAUUACGUGGUGUUCCAAGAAUUGUUAGUACAAAAGAUUCAAAACGUCGAUUUUUAUGGCUUAUCUUUGUAAUUUCAUUUUUUAUUGGUUGUAUCACAUGUUUAACAUUUAUUAUUAGUCAAUAUUUAGAAUUUGAUGUAAUUCAUCAACCUAAAAAAUUAUAUGAUCAACCACGUCCAUUUCCAUCUGUAACAUUAUGUAAUCUACGUCCAUUUUCUACACGUGAUAUAAGAAAAUUAAAAAAAGCUGGAGUGUUACCAGUAGAUAUGUAUUUUGAAAUGUUAAAACGUUUUAUGAUCAGUGUACCAAUGGAAUACCGACGUUAUUUAACUAUGUUAUGGGAUUUUUCUACCUAUUUAGCUAAUCUACCUGAUUUAGUUGAUGCAAAUAAUUUAGGUCAUACAUUAGAAGAUAUAGUGAAACGUUGUUUUAUUUUAUAUAAAACAGGUAGUGUAACAAGAGGUACAGCCUGUGAAAAAUCAGGCUAUUGGACUAAAACACAAGAUCGUGUAUUUCAUAACUGUUAUACAUAUACAAUUAAUCCGAAUAAAACAAACACAGCAUUAAACAUGGAACUUGUAGUUUAUUUGGAUAAUUUAAUUGAACAAACUGAUUGCUUUGAUUGUCAAGAAAGAGUCAUGGCAAGUCAGUUAACUGGUGCAAGACUGCUCUUACACCCUGGUGCUUCUUAUCCUCGUGUAGCUGAAGAAGGUGUAAAUUUAAUGCCAGGGACAAUGACUGAUAUACGAUUUACAGUAUAUGAAUGGUCUAUGAUGGAACCACCUCAUGGUAGAUGCAGUAAAAAUACACCACAGUUUAUAUCAUUUAAUAAUGUUAACUAUACUUUUAGCGAAGAAGCAUGUCAUGCACAUAUGGUGCAAGAAAAAGUCGCUUCAAAUUGUCAAUGUUUAACACAACAUUUACCAAUUCCAACGCAUUUACUUGGAAAAGAUUUAAGAAAAUGUCAAGCAUUCAAACUUCCAGCAACUUAUCAAAUAGUGUGCAGAAAAACUGGAACAGCUAUGGAUAGUUAUCAAAUAGGCUGUAGACCAGCCUGUGUUCGAUACACAUACAAACCGAGCAUAACAGCUGCUCAAUGGCCAACCAAAACAUUUCUAACAUGGUUUGUUACAAAAUUUAUAAAAGAAAUGGAAGCAUCCGGUUAUUCACGUUUAAAAUCAACAAAUAAUGAAACAUUAACUAUAUUUAAUGAACGUAUGGAAGAAAUUCGUACACCAUUACAACCUUAUGAAAUAAUUUCUAAUUUAACUAAACAAGGUCAUUUACAAGAAGCAAUUAAAAUGCUUAUGAAUACACAAAUAUUUGAACAAAAUUUUUUAUCUAUUAUAAUAUCACGACCAAAUUUUGAUUUAGAACGUGUUGAAGAAAAAGCUGUUGUAUCAUUAACUUCAUUAUUUAGUCAAAUUGGUGGUUUAUUAAGUAUAUGGAUUGGAUUAACAUUUGUAUGUAUUGUUGAAUUAGUUGAAUUAGGUUUAAAUGUAGCUGAUGCUGUAAUUCAUUAUAAAAAAUUAAAAUCAUAA